AUGGAGAAGAAACUGCAGGAGCAGUGGAGGGGUGUCCUUGCUUUCGCCCCGAAGUGGAGGGGUCGGUGGAGUAUAUAUGGCUCCCAGGCGGUACCUCAAGCAUCAGAAAUGAAGUACAACAGCAGACUUACACUUCUCGGGCUGGCCGCAUUCGCCAUGGUCUGGGUCCUCCCAACAUCGGCGGAGCUGGUCCGGCAGAAGAGAGCCAGGCUCGAGGGAUUAGAGAGAGGGUACCUACCACCAUCGAACGGUGGAGGACCUGGAGGACCAGGAGGAGCUCCCGGUAAUGGAUAUGGGGCACCCAGUGCUGGAGGUGGAGCGCCAGGAAAUGGCUACGGAGCACCAAGCGCUGGGGGUGGAGCACCAGGGAACGGCUACGGAGCACCCACUGGAGGCGGCGGAGCUCCCGGUGGCAGCUACGGAGCGCCCAACGGAGGCGGUGCGCCAGGGAACGGCUAUGGGGCCCCCACUGGAGGCGCUGGAGCCCCGGGCGGUGGUUAUCCAGGUGCCGGAGGCGCUGGUCCCAGCAACGGCUACCUUCCUCCGACCCAGGGAGGCGGCAACGGAGGUGGCCGUCCAGGAGGUUACCCCGGCAACGGAGGUGGAAACGGAGGUCACGGCAACGGUAACGGAGGUGGCAGGCCAUCCGGUGCAUACGGUCCCCCAUCAGCCGGCGGCCCAGGAGGCUACCCAGGAGGUAAUGGAGGAGGCAAUGGUUACCCUAGCGGUAGGCCGGGCGGCAACGGAGGUGGUGCUGGAUAUCCUGGUGGCAGACCUGGUGGUAACGGAGGCGGCGGUGGCUAUCCUAGUGGUCGACCUGGCGGAAACGGCGGUGGUGCUGGAUACCCUGGGGGCAGGCCAGGAGGAAACGGCGGCGGAGCAGGAGGAUAUCCAGGCGGCAGGCCAGGAGGAAACGGUGGCGGUGCAGGAGGAUAUCCAGGCGGCAGGCCAUCCAACAACUACCUCGCCCCGACCAAUGGAGGUGGAGCCCCUGGAAAUGGUUAUGGAGCACCUGGUAAUGGCGGUGGAAACGGAGGUGGCAGCCCAGGCUCGAACUACCUUCCACCCAACGGACAGCAGCCCCAAGGACCUGACGGCAGCUACGUUUAUUAAUUUUAGGAUCACACCAGUGCCAUCUCAAUCGUCCCUCCGAACAUUUUUGUACAUUUUAAAAACUUUGGUUAAUAA